AUGAAACUGCUCGACAAAGCCAAGUCAGACGUUCGCAACGAUGUCACUUGGAAUCGGGCGGCUCGACUAGGAGUCAAGGGAGCUAAAGCUUUGCCAUCCGGAACCGUCCAGUACCUUAGCGAUAAGGUGCCCAUUGUCGGAUGGUUGCCGAAGUACAAUCCACGAUGGAUUGUUAAUGAUCUCAUUGCUGGACUUACCCUUGGUCUCAUGUUGAUUCCUCAGGGUCUGUCCUAUGCAAAGAUUGCAGACAUCCCCGUUGAGUAUGGGUUGAUGUCUAGUUGGCUUCCAGCUGUCAUCUACGCCUUUAUGGGAUCUACUAAGGAUGUCUCAACUGGUCCAACUUCACUUAUCGGUCUCCUCACUUCCGAAAACGUGCACGCCCUCCAAGAUCGAUGGACUCCAUCCGAGAUCGCUUCCGCAACAGCCUUCAUGAUGGGAGUCUACGGCCUCAUCCUUGGCUUUCUCAAACUCGGUUUCCUCCUCGAAUUUAUAUCUCUCCCUGUUCUUAGCGGUUUCAUCACUGCAAUCGCUAUCACCAUCAUCCUUAACCAGAUGGAUUCACUGCUUGGUGAAGACAACGUCCGUGAUGGUGCAGCAAAGCAAAUCCACGAUAUCUUCAAUGAGCUUCCCAAUGCCAAUGGCUGGGCAUGUCUCAUUGGCUUCACUGGAAUCUUGUUCCUCACUAUUCUUGAGAAGUCUGGAAAGAGAUGGAGCAAGGACAACAAAGUCAUCUGGCUUCUCUCCACAACAAGAGCAUUCUUGACUUUGGUGCUCUUCACUGGCGUCAGUUACGCUGUCAACAAGAACCGAGACCCAGAUAACUUCCUUUUCGAAGUCGUCAAGGUUCAGUCCAAGGGUCAACAAGCCCCAACUAUGCCCAAGGCCGACCUCAUCCCUGAAGUAGCUGCGCGCAGUAUUGCCGUCUUCAUUGGUUCUGCUGUUGAACACUUGGCUAUUGCACGAGCAUUUGCUGUCAAGAACCACUACACCUCUGACCAGAGUCAAGAGCUUUGCUACCUCGGUGUCACCAACUUCUUCAACAGUUUCUUCCACGCUAUGGGCGUUGGUGGUGCCAUGUCUCGAACAGCUGUCAACUCAUCGUGUAACGUCAAGUCACCCCUCUCUGGUGUCGUGACCAUGGCUGUUGUCCUUGUCUGUGUCUACGAGCUUGUCGGAACUCUUUACUGGAUCCCAAAAGCGACACUAGCAGCCAUCAUUAUCACUGCUGUCUGGGGUCUCAUCUCACCUCCUUCGACCUUCUAUCGCUAUUGGAAGACCUCCUUGGCAGACUUUGUCGCUUCUAUGCUUGCACUCUGGGUCACCCUCUUCCACUCCAGUGAAGUCGGCAUUGGAUGCGCCGUUGGCUUUAACAUCGUCUACAUCCUGCUCCGCCAGGUCUUUACCAAGCUUUCGUCGACUGGAGCUGACGUUGAGUCCAGCCCGAGGUCGAACUGGCCUGGAAGCAACCAUCUCUCAUCAACCCAUAUCCCAGAAGACGCCAGGAUCUUCACCUUCAACGAGUCCCUUAUCUUCCCCAAUGCCUUCGCCAACACCUCCAAGGUACUUGAUGAGAUCCAAACCUUCCAUGCAGCCUUCUAUAACGGCAGCCAUGGACCUGAGACAGAGCGCAACUGGUCUGUUGUCGGAGAGAAGAGAGUCGCCCGUCUUCGCAAACAAGCCAACAUCAGUGAUCCGUCAUCACUUCCGGGCAUCGGUCUCGUUGUCUUGGACUUCUCCCGCGUCAACAUGCUGGACACAACUGCCGUCACAUACCUCAAGAAUCUGGUCAAAAACAUCAAGAGCUACGGUGGAGAAGAGACUGAGGUCAGGUUCGCUAACAUGAACGCUGUUUGCCGUGAGCGCGUUAGUCGUGCGAAGUGGCGCAUCAUUGAAGUUGGCUCUGAUGAUGAGUUUGAUGGUAAUACUGAUGCUAUCUACCUUUACUGGGAUGCGCAGGCUGCAGUGUCAGCACCGAGGAGAAGAGGUUCUGUGCUGAGUGAUGAUAAGGGCCAUACCAUGCAUGAAGAGAAGGUUGAGGCUUGA